AUGAAUCAAAAGCCAAUCCAAGAGGACAAGAACCAAGACUACCCUCCUAUGAAUACUCUACAAUUCAGUUCAUCAUAUUCUUCUUUUGAAACGAAUACCAAUCCCUAUGUUUCCUAUUUGAAUUCAAGAGCUAAAAGCCAUCCAAAGGAUUCAUCAUUUCCAGAACAAAUCCCAACAAUCAUUGAUAUGGAAACAGGUGAUCCUGAUGAUUAUUUCAACGUCAUUGAAUUAUUAUGUCAUCCAAGAAUUUGCGUUAAAUGUAUCACUGUAACACCCGGUACGAAAGAGCAAAUUUCCUUUGUUCGAUGCUUUCUUGAUGAAAUUAUUAUUGAAUGUCAGCAAUACGUUCAAAAUGUUGAUCACAACAAUGACAUGAUUUCAAUAAUUGAAAGAUUGAGAAAUAUUAAGAUUGGAGCAUACAAGCCGGAUCAUAACAAGAAUUGUUUGGGAGGUUUCUUUACAAAGAUGUAUCCAAACUCGACGGAUGAAAAGUAUUUGAAACAGGGUAGCGAUGACUUUGGAUACAAUUUAAUGCAUCAAUGCUGGAAAGAGUAUGGGAAUCAAUUAAUGUUUGUCACAGGAGCACCACUUUCAAAUUUGGGAACAUUUAUUGAGAAGUAUUCACAUGAGAUGAAUGAACAGAAUAGGAUUGGGUUGUGUGUAAUACAAGGAGGGUUUGCAGGGGAUAAUGUUACUCCACAUCAAUUUAGACUUUCAAAAUUUGCAGGUAAAACGAAAGUGUCAACCUAUAACUUUGGUGGGAAUAUUAAGGCAGCAAAAACUGUUCUUAAUUGUCCUUUCAUAGACAAGAGAUUAUUAGUCUCCAAGAACGUAUGCCAUGGAGUCGUGUAUGGAAAAGAUAGGCACAUGCAAUUGAAAGAACGUUUGACACAAUUGGAAUAUGCGAGAACCACCUUCACCUCUCAGCAACAUCUUUCUUUUAUUGGACUCAGUUUGAUUUUCAAAGGAAUGCAGAAAUACUUGGAAAAGAAUCAGGAUGGUAAAAAGUUUCACGAUGUUCUUGCAGGUUGUGUUUCUAUCGAACCAAAUAUUUGCAUCUUUAAGAGAGUUGAGGUUAUAGAAGAAAAGAACCAAUGGGGAUCAAAAGAAAGCACCAAUUCCAACACAUUUGUCAGCAUUGCUGCAAAUUUGGACUCGUUUUUUGAUGUCAUGAUGAUGAGGGGUUAUCUUUGA